UUUAAUCAUGAGGAUCCCCGGCCAUCCUCAACCUCUUUGAGAGAACUCAACAUUAGUUUCUCCUGUAAAGGUUUGAAGAAAUAAACCCUUUUGAACACUGAAGUUUAGGACACAAUGGUACAGAAGAACCUUUAAAAUAAGGAUCCAGUGCUGUUCUCCUGAGUUCUUUAUAGCGGUUCUUUUGCCAUAGGAUGGAUUACAGUCUGAGCUGACUCUUCUGUUCUUUCGGACCAGCCAGAGGACAUACUGAUUACAAACAAACAGGGAACUGCAGGUUGGCAUAUUCAAGAACUUUAUCUAAACCGAAGGGGAAAUCUUGGAACUCCUGCAGUGUUUUUUACAAGCAAGGACACAUCACAGAUUGAAGAAUGGCUUUGUUGCCAGUUAAGUUUGAUCUGAAAAAGCGAGUAAAGCUGGCUCAGACAGUCUGGUUCAUGUACUGGUUUGCUGUGUUGGCCGGCGUGUUGGUCCUCAGCAUGGGUCUGUUCUUCAAGAUCGAGCUGCGAAAACGCUCUGAACUUAUGGACAACAAUGAAAGCCACUUUUUGCCCAAUCUGCUUAUUCUCAUGGGUCUAAUAGCCUGCAGCAUCAAUGUCUUUGGAGGCAAAGUGUGCUAUGACUCACUGGACCCCGAAAAGUUUGCAAAGUGGAAGCCCAUGUUGAAGACCUACUUGGUAUUCUGUGUGGGAUUCAACGCCCUGCUGCUUGUCACGGCCCUGCUGUGUUUCUUGAUGAGAAUUCCUAUGCAGUUCACCCUGGCUGAAGGGUUGAGGAACGGCAUGAGGUACUACAAGGACACCGACACACCGGGACGCUGCUACAUGAAGAGGACCCUGGACUUGAUGCAGAUUGAGUUUCGUUGCUGUGGAAAUGACAACUACAGAGAUUGGUUUGAGAUUCAGUGGGUCAGCAACCGCUACCUGGACUUCAGCUCAAAGGAAGUCAGAGACCGCAUUGGCAGUAAUGUUGAUGGCCAGUAUCUGAUGGAUGGAGUGCCCUUCAGCUGCUGUAACCCCAGCUCCCCCAGACCCUGCAUUCAGGCACAGAUGACCAAUAACUCUGCCCACUACAGUUAUGACCACUACACAGAGGAUCUCAACGUGUGGAAGCGGGGAUGCCGCGAUGCCCUGCUGUCCUACUAUGGUGGCAUGAUGAGCACCAUCGGAGCCCUGGUGAUACUGGUCACUAUGCUGGAGGCUGGUGUGACUGUGGGCAUGCAGUAUGUCCACAGCUCCCUGUCUAACCUUGCUAAUCCGGAGGAUCCAGAGAGCGAGAGCGAGGGCUGGCUCCUGGAGAAGACAGUGAAGGAGACGUUCACUGACAUCAUGGACAAAAUGAAGUCCAUGGGCAAAGGCAGCAAGGUGGAGGAGGGUGAGGCAGCGGUUGAAACAGUGAGCUGAGCUAGCGCCACCUGAACAAACUGACCCCACUCCCACCUGAGGAGAAAAUCAAAGACAUGUGAGAUUUUUCUACCAGCAUUUAUUUUGUAGGCCUACUCAUAUAUUUGGUUAUGAACUCAUUAGAAAUGGACGUGAAAAGAUCAUAUUACAUAUUCAUACUUUGAUAAAUAGCAGCUGGAUGGGUUUUUAGUUUUGGUUUUCCCCAGUAAAACAAGCACCAGCAUGGUUUUUGGUUUUUUUGUUUGUUUUUGCACCAGCAUGUUUUUAAUUAGGUUUACAGUUCUGCUUUCUGACACUUUGUGCAUUUUUUUCUCCCAAAAAAAGUGCAAAGUUAUAAAUCAAGUAAAUGUUAUAUGUAUUGAAAGCAUGUUAUUUUCUCCUUUAUUUUGCUGUCACAUAGUUUGGCGGGGAUGGUGGUUGCUAUGCAAUCCCCCCCUCUCAUGGAACCCAAUGGUGCAGAUUGAAGAUAUUUAACUCAGGUUUUGCAAUGUUUUAUUUUUGCUAACCCGUCUAGGCUACUUUAUAGUCAAAGCAGACAAAUUAACCCCUCUGACUUGCUUCCAUUUAUACUCCAGUUCACUGGAUAAGCAGCUGAGAUGGAGUAUAAUUUCCAAUUAAAUGAAUCAGUCAUGCAUGAACAGUGCAACACAUGGAUCAAGACUGAGCAUGGGAAUCAGGAGGUUCAGAAACAUGGGGUGACUCCAAACCUGUGGCCUGAAAUUGGCAGCUAAAUCUUGGUUCCUGACCCCUGUACUGUAAUCUCAGAUCCUCUUUGAUAUUUCCCUAGUGCAUUCAGUAUCUGUAUAUUGACAUAUGUGUAUGUACAGUAUAUACCUUUGUAUAUGAUGUAGAAAAGAUGAAAAAUUACUUUUUUAAAAGAAUGUAAUUAAGUUGAAUCUUUUAUUUGAAUCAAUGUAAAGUUGGUUUUCUUUUUUUCCAAAUAAUUUUCUUGGCUUUGUGUGACUGUGUAGAGGAGAGAUUAUGCUGACUGUAUACGCGAAUAAAGGAAUUUAGAGACGACAUACAGCAGUGCAA